AGAGACACAGGGUGGGGUUUCAAGUGUUUUCAAGAGUUUUUAGAGUUCCCAAGUGUUCAACUCCGUCCCAACCCAAGUUCAUUUUCAGAUCUUUACUGUGGAAAUGCUGAAGAUGGGGUUGAUCUUUUGCUUUUCCUUUUUCUGUUUUCUGGGUCUUACUGGCGCAGGUCAAGAAUAUAUUGAAUACCUUACCCUUUAUGACGCAACUCCAGAGGUUGUUCACGCAUUGUCUCACAGUGGUCUUCCUGUAGCAGUUCCUGUGAGUGGCAAUGUCCUCAGCGAGGUCUCUAGCAGUGUUUUGAAGGCUGAGAGUUGGCUCAGGCUCCAUGUUCUAGCUCACUAUCCAGCUACCAAAAUCACUACCAUUCUUGUGGGCGACACUCUUCUCUGUCAAAAGGAUCAAGAAGACAGCUUGGAUCUUUUACUACCAUCUCUUAAGAACAUUUAUCAUUCUCUUACAAGGUGGGGUUUAGAGAAAGAUAUCAAAGUGUCAGCUGCUUUCUCUUCUAGUUGUUUGCACCAAAACUCUGCUCUUUUUAGUGAUGAUUUGACUGAGAAGGUCAUCAGACCUCUGCUGGAGUUCCUCCAAAAUACAAACUCUACAUACUCCAUCACCCCUCCUCCAAAUUUGUCUCCCUUUACACAUGAAAGUUUGACUUCACUAACUUCCCACCUGGAUUUCAUGAAAAGGUUUGGAUCUUUUGACCUUACAAAGGUCAAUUUGAUAGUCUCUAGUCAACAAGAAAAAACCCCCAGGAGCAGGAAGCUCUCAGUGGUGGACUCCAAGCUUGUAAAACCCUACCCAGCUAGGCCAACCCCUUUGCCAGAAAUCUCUACUUCCUCACAUUCAUCUAUUGGCUUCUCUGUGCCUGCCAAUGUAGCCAAAAAGCCACAUCCCCCACAAUACCCUACUUCUCCACCUCCAGUUUCCUUCCCUAGUGGUUCUUCACCACCUCCAGUUUCCUUCCCUAAUGGUUCUCCACCACCAUUUUCCUUCCCCAUUGCUCCAGAGCUGCCUCCACCCUCUGUUCCCGCCAGCUCACCUGACGGUUUCUCCUUGCCUCCUUGUAAUCCAAUUGAUAACACAGCACCAGCACCAGCACCAGAGACAGGGGUGGUCCAAAAGCUGUGGUGUGUGGCUAAGCCUAGUGUUCCUGCUGAGACUCUACAGGAAGCAAUGGACUAUGCUUGUGGUGAAGGUGGUGGUGAUUGUCAAGAGAUUAUGCCUCAUGGGAGCUGUUUCUAUCCAGAUACCGUUGUUGCUCAUGCUUCUUAUGCUUUCAAUAGCUAUUGGCAGAAGACCAAGAGAGAUGGAGGAACUUGCAAUUUUGGAGGCACUGCUAUGAUCAUCAAUGCUGACCCAAGUUUUCUUCAGUGUCGGUUUGUUCUUAGCUGAACAAUGGAGAAUGUUGGGUUUGUUUCAGUACAAAGUAGGAUUUGUGGGGUCUAAUUGCAAGGUGAAUUUGUCUGCUUUUCUCUUUAGUCUUAGUGAUUAGUUCAGUAGAACGCAUGCAGCAGGUAGGACUUAAAAAUUUUGUUUCUCUGUAACUACUGUAGUAAUGGGGUAUCCUAUGCAAAAAUUUGCAAAAGACUUUUGACUCUGAUUCUAUAUAGAUAUUGCCCUUUAGCUUUAA